UUAUGCUUUUCCCGCUGCCAUACUCAACCAUCACCACCACCGCCGCCGCAACCGCCACCACCACCAUCACCCUCCUUUCCCUUCGAAGCUGAAGAAGCUGCUGCAUGUUAUAUAACAUUCAUUCAUAAUAUUAAUAACAACACCCUCUCUGUGAGGCAUUUAAUCAAACACCUUCGGAUUCAAAAUGGCUUCUUCUACUUCUUUUGCUUCUCUCUUACUCCCUCUUUACAACCCCGCUUUCCGACCAAAACCAACAACUUCUCUUCCCGCUUUUCGCUCCAUUCACUCUUCUGUGCUCCCAGCUACUGAUGGAUCUCAAGCACCCCACAAGAGAACAAGAAGAAUGGAAGGUCCUCGGAAAAGCAUGGAAGAUUCAGUUCAGCGCAAAAUGGAGCAGUUUUAUGAAGGGAAAGAUGGGCCACCUCUCCGUGUUCUUCCGAUUGGUGGGCUGGGUGAAAUUGGGAUGAACUGCAUGCUGGUUGGGAACCAUGAUCGCUAUAUCCUCAUUGAUGCCGGAGUUAUGUUUCCAGACUAUGAUGAACUUGGAGUCCAAAAGAUCAUACCUGAUACAACAUUUAUAAGAAAAUGGAGCCACAAAAUUGAAGCACUUGUUAUAACACAUGGUCAUGAGGAUCACAUUGGAGCGUUGCCUUGGGUCAUUCCAGCAUUGGAUUCCAAUACACCAAUUUUUGCAUCUUCCUUUACAAUGGAGCUUAUAAAAAAACGUCUGAAGGAGCAUGGUAUUUUUCUUCCAUCUAGACUCAAGAUAUUUAGAACAAGAAAGAAGUUUAUGGCUGGGCCAUUCGAGAUAGAACCUAUCAGGGUGACCCAUUCUAUUCCUGAUUGUUGUGGAUUGGUUCUUCGCUGUUCUGAUGGUACUAUUCUUCACACUGGGGACUGGAAGAUCGACGAGACACCUCUGGACGGGAAAGUUUUUGAUCGCGAGGCUUUAGAGGAACUCUCUAAAGAAGGAGUAACACUGAUGAUGAGUGAUUCAACCAAUGUACUCUCACCUGGAAGGACAAUAAGUGAAUCUGUUGUUAAAGAUGCAUUAUUGAGGCAUAUUUCAGCUUCUAAAGGAAGGGUUAUUACCACCCAAUUUGCAUCAAAUCUGCAUCGACUUGGAAGUGUGAAAGCUGCUGCUGAUUUAACUGGCCGAAAGUUGGUAUUCGUUGGCAUGUCUUUGAGGACAUAUUUAGAUGCAGCUUGGAAGGAUGGAAAGGCUCCAAUUGAUCCCUCCACUCUGGUGAAAGCAGAGGAUAUUGAUGCUUAUGCUCCAAAGGAUCUGCUAAUUGUAACAACAGGAUCUCAAGCAGAACCACGUGCUGCCUUGAAUCUUGCAUCAUAUGGAAGUAGUCAUGCUUUCAAACUAACUAAGGAAGAUAUUGUUUUGUAUUCGGCCAAGGUUAUCCCUGGUAAUGAGUCGAAUUGGCAAUUUUUGCAGGAGGAAGUACUUCGAAUUGUGAAGCCGCAACAUUUUCUUCCCAUACAUGGAGAACUCUUGUUCUUGAAGGAGCAUGAAUUACUUGGAAAAUCAAAUGGCAUUCGGCACACUGCUGUUAUUAAAAAUGGAGAGAUGCUUGGUGUUUCACAUUUGAGAAAUAGGAGAGUCCUUUCUAAUGGUUUCAUUUCCCUUGGAAGAGAGAAUUUACAGUUGAAGUACAGUGAUGGCGACAAAGCAUUUGGUACAUCAAGCGACCUCUUCAUUGAUGAAAGAUUGAAAAUUGCAUUAGAUGGCAUCAUCGUGGUUAGCAUGGAAGUUUUUCGCCCCCAAAGAGCAGAGAGUUUGGCUGAAAACACCUUAAAUGGGAAGAUAAGGAUUACGACAAGAUGCCUAUGGCUUGACAAGGGAAAGUUAUUGGAUGCACUGCAUAAAGCUGCUCAUGCUGCUCUUUCAAGCUGCCCUGUAAAGUGUCCACUGGCUCACAUGGAAAGAACUGUGGCCGAGGUCUUGAGGAAGAUGGUGAGGAAGUACAGUGGUAAACGGCCUGAAGUUAUUGUUAUUGCCAUAGAAAAUCCAGCUGCUGUUCUUGCUGAGGAGAUAAACACAAAGUUAUCUGGCAAAUCACAUGUGGAUCAUGGAACAUCAACAUUAAGAAAAAUAGUCGAUGGGCACGGGAAGGAAAAUCAGCCAGACACAACGCAAAUAAGAGCUGAUGCCAAUGAUGUUGAAGGACUUCUACCUGAGGAAGACACUGGUCCACCAACCGAAGAAGCCGAGGGUGAUUUAUCGGAUUCAGAGGAAUUUUGGAAGCCAUUUAUUGCAUCCUCACCAGUUGAGAAGUCAAUCAAAGCUAACAACGGUUAUGUUCCACGAAAGGAGCACAAGUCUAAUAUUAAGAAAGAUGAUUCCGAAGACAUUGGUGAAGCCAACUUUGUGAAAGCAUCCAGUUCUGAACUCAAGUCGUCGAAGUCAGGGAAGAGGAAUAAAUGGAAACCUGAAGAAAUUAAGAAGUUGAUUAACAUGCGCGGGAAACUACACGAUAGAUUUCAAAUUGUGAAGGGAAGGAUGGCUUUAUGGGAAGAGAUAUCUCAGAGCUUGUUGGCUGAUGGGAUCAGCAGAAGUCCUGGACAGUGUAAAUCGCUUUGGACAUCUUUGGUACAGAAAUAUCAGGAGACCAAGAACGAGAAGGGUAGUAGCAAGAGCAGUUGGCAAUAUCUUGAGGACAUGGAAAAGAUAAUGCCUGAUAGUGAAGCAAUGGCAACAAAAUGAUGAAAAAUUUGGUAAAGGAAGGAACAUGAUAAAAAGAACAUAUAUAUAAAAAAGAAACACUUUGGGGAGGUUUCCACAUGAAGAUUGAUACCAAGUGUGGAUGUUAACAGUGCUGAAAGUUGCAUCAGUUGCAUGAUUUGUGGUAUGGACUCGUGGCAUUCAAGAUCCAUAGUUUUUGAGAGCUGAAGAUAUAGACAACAUUAAAGGGAAGCCAAUGAGGGUAGUAUUUUUGUUUGGGGGACUGCUGAUAUAAUAUCCCACCUUAGUUACCCUCCCACUUAUUUAUAUCCCUUUCCCUAAUGAUGUAUCAUAUCUAAUUUCAUUAUUAUUAUUUUUUUUAUAUGGGAACUUCGGCGCAAUAAGCAACCAUGGACAACAGUUAAAUAGUGAAGGGAGAAAUCUUUGAUGUUUCUUAUUGACUGUAGUAGCAAUGACAAAAUCUAAAUGACUAGUAUUAGAAUUGAGUAA